CCGCCCUGCCGCCGCCGGCGUCGCCAUGGACCCGUCGGGCUCGACUUGCUCGAUGGCCGACACGCCUCGCCUGCUGGUGGAGGACUCGCAGCCGGAGCCGGAGCCGGAGCCGGAGCGGGGCGGAGCGGCGCUGAGCCCGGUCCUGGAGCCGCCGCCGCCGCCGCCGCCCUCGCUGGUGUGCCCGGAGGCCGGCGAAGUUCCACCUGCAGACGUAAGGAAACCCAGCAGUGAUUAUUCUAAAGGUUCAAGCUCCGUGUCCAGCCGUCUCCCUGGAAUCAUGCAGCCCCAUAAAGAAACUCCCGAGAGCCCAGGGUCUGCCUGCCUCCUCCUGGAGAGGACGCCGCCAGUGAAGAACCCUCGUCCUUGGCCAUUGGAGGAGGCUGAGCCUGUCUCUUCUACGCAGGAGGACAUGUUUGGCCAGAAUAGCUCAACAGCUCAAGGCAGACUGGAAGAGGCAGGUUCCCCAUCAUCCACUCCAGCGGAUCCUCUGCGCGUCCUUCAGCUCUCUGGACAAGGGCCUCUUUCCAAUUGUGCUUCAGGUCUUGCUAGAACAACUUCUGAUGUCUUACAACCAGUGCCUUUUAUUCUUCCCAGAAGCCCAACUGAACAGGAGGCAGGAGGAAAGCAGGAAAGCCCACCGUUGGAGACUGCAGGCACCCUUCAGGGCUCUGGUCCAGGGUCUCAAGAUGCUUUUGUGCUGCCAUCCCAGCCCGAGUUCUCUCACGACACCUUUCUCCCCACUCCAAGCCUGGAGGAAGGCUGUAAGACAGGAGCCGAGAAAGGAGGACCUUCUGCCGAGGCUUCCCUGGCAGAGGCUUCCCGAGAGGACGACUGUGUCCUGGCCCUCUCGGCCAGUCAAGGCAGUCCGGGGACCCCAGCGGAGGAGGGGAAGACCACCGGCCAUGCUGCUUCGCGUGCUUUGGAGGAGAAGCUCCGCUUGCCUGAGGACUGCAGUGAACAGGAGGCUGACGAGGAGACUUCCCCUGGUGACGACCCUUGCAGUGACCCUGGCCAGGAAGGCGGCGUGCCAAGCAGGGCCUCUUUGCUCCCGGAGGGUGAAGCUGUCCCAGAGACUCCCUGUGAAAAGCCAGAAGAAGCCACGUUGCUGGAUGAAGGGCUUUCCCUUCGUUUGACGAUUUCCCAAGCCGUAGAGCAAGCAGAAUGCUCUGCACUCGGGGAAGCCUUUCCCCCAAACGAUCCACAGGUAACUGGCGAGUCAGGAAAGCUAGCGCAAGCUCCUCUGGAUCAUCCCAGCAAGGCUGGGCUGGAAGUGCAGAGCCUGAGUCGGAGGGUCCAUCCUGGAACGAUGCUGAAGCAGACCGAUUCUGAGCCCCAGCCGGAGCAGGGGAGCAGGCAGUCCCAGAGAAGAGCUGGUAGUUUUCCUGGAGAGAUUCUGCGUGCCCAUGCCCCGCCAGAGCCACCCUUUGGCGUCUUACUGGCGAACGAGAGAGAUGCCCUCACCCCGCCUCUGGCGGGCCAGCACAAGAAAGGCCCCAGGCACAGCACCCCCAUCGUGGUGGCAAGCGAUCCAGAGCACCCUGCGAUUGGCCCAGAGGGCAGAGACGGCGCCUUGGAGGGGGCUGGCUCGGCUGGCAUGGCAGCCAUGGAGGAGAGCCCCCCAGGGAGUUCUGUGGUGGCCUGUGAAGAGGACGGGGGGCUCUCCCUGCGUAGGAGCCUGGUGACCCCCGUGAUGGAAGAGAGUGACGAGCCUCUGCCUUUCAGCCUGGAGAAGCCUGAAGGCAGGGAAAGGACGAACGGGCUGGCCACCGCAACCAGUCCCAGUUCUCAGAAGACGCCGUCGGUGUUCGCUCGAGUCUGUGGCCCUCUCCCUGAAGAAAAGGCUCCGGGCCCAGGACAGCCGUCGCCCCUGUUCAGGGGUGACUUGUUCAAUUUUCCAAGUUCCCAAGAAGAAGAGGAGCCACCAGGGACCUGGAAGGAUCAGCAGAAGUGUGUCUCCUUGGGCUUCAGGCCAGUCCCGCCUUCUGAGCUGGUGGCUACAGAGCGAGCGGAAGGCUGUGCUGAAGUGGCAGGAGAGGCCAUGGAGGUUGCCCUACUGCUGCAGCGAGGGGAGGAGGGGCAUGGGGGCGCCCCAGAAGAAAAGCCCGCCCCAGAGUCGGGAUCCAGCCGUGGCAAGAGCCCCCAGGCUCCAGGGGAGCGCCAAGGAGACCCAGCAGGCCCCAUCUCAGCUGCCACGCAGACGGCCUCUCCCGCUCAGGUGGACGUGGGCACCAGCACCGCCCCUCCUCUGCUCCUCCAGUGCAGCGCCAGCGUGCAAACGGAGAGGGACUUUAUGUGGCGGCCCGGAAGCCCCCCAGAGGCCUCGCCCAGUCAGAAGGAGGAAGAAUUUGAACUGCCCCACCCACCAGCAGGUAGAGUCCUACAGCGCCAUGUGAGAACAAUUCGGGAAGUGCGCACCCUCAUAACACGUGUCAUCACAGAUGUUUACUACAAAGAUGGCAGCGAAGUGGAACGACAGGUGGUUGAGGAGCGAGAAGAGCCCCACGUGGAUUGCUACGAGUGUGAGGUGGACGUCUCUCCUUCCCGGACAGGGGACUUUUCUCCGACCUCCGGAGACCUUGGAGACCUCAGCUCCUUCUCCUCCAAGGCGUCAGGACCUCACCAGACGUCCAGCGGAGGAAGCAGUGCUCUGUCUGCCACUCGCAGCCGCCUAAACUCUGCAGGCCCACGAAGAGGCUCUCAAGACUCGGCCUUGUCCACGGCCAGGAAGCCAAGCCCAAAGAAAGGGACCGGCUUCUGCCCAGCGCAUCGGGACCAUGGCAAGGCCGCCGUGGGGGACGAGGCGGGAGACCCUGGCCCCAGCAACCAGCAGUGCAGAGGCGCACCUCUCACCCCCCGUGGGCGAGGGCGAAGGGGCCGCCCCGCUUCCCGAUCCACCGGAGCAAGGGGCUCCAUGCAGGCCGAGGCAGAUCUUUCAGCCGGCGCCUCUUUGGAUGGGCAGCCCGGCCUGGGUCCACAUCUGGAGGGACGGGAGCAGGCUGAGACCCCUCGGUGCCGCAGUGGCUCCCCUGAAAUCCCUCUGCAGGAGCAGUCAAGCGCCUCUGACGAUCCCAGGCCCCCUCCCCCUGGGAGUUGCCUGGUGGGCCUCCGGGUGGUGGCCAAGUGGUCCUCCAAUGGCUACUUCUACUCUGGGACCAUCACGCAGGAUGUGGGCGGGGCCAAAUACAGACUGCUCUUUGACGAUGGCUAUGAAUGCGACGUUCUGGCCCGAGACGUCCUCCUGUGCGACCCCCUCCCUCUGGAAACGGAGGUGACGGCGCUCUCCGAGGAUGAAUACUUCAGCGCAGGUAACCACCUGUUGGUUCGGAAGACACCCGUCACUCGGGGUGGCGGGACAAGGGGAGGGAGCAGGAUUGGGGCCUCGGCCUGUAGCUCUGCCUUUGCUGCAGGUGUGGUCAAGGGCCAUCGGAAGGAGGCGGGGGAGCUGUUCUAUUGCGUCGAGAAGGACGGACAGCAGAAGUGGUACCGGCGGACGGCGGUUAUCCUGUCCUUGGAGCAAGGGAACAGGCUCCGGGAGCAGUUUGGACUCGGCCCGUGCCAGCCGGCCACUCCUCUGACCAGGGCCGCCGACAUCAGCCUAGAUAACCUGGUGGAGGGAAAGCGGAAAAGACGCAGCCUUGCUCCAUCCAGCCCCGCCAGUGGCAGCACCACCACGCCUGUCCGCAAGAGCCCGGAGCCCCUUUCCAGCAAAAGGAAACUGGCCGCUGUCUCAGAAGAGGAGCAGUCCCCAGCCAAGCGGGGGCGGCACCUGGCCCUGUCGAAAACAGGAGCUGCAAAUGCCAGGGAGAUGGCAAGCCCGUCAGGUGAUCACUUGGCACCUGAUCACCGAUGGGGCCCUUUGCCCCAGAACAAAACCCUUUUUUUGGGCUACGCCUUCCUUCUCUCCAUGGCAAAUGCAACAGAGAAGCUUUCUGGUCACCCAAAGACUGCAGUGAGCAGCGAAGAAGAAGAAGAAUUAGUGGAGAGAGUACCUUACAACAAACCCUACACUGAGCUGCAGCUCCAAGCAGGAGGAGGUUUCAUCCUAGAAGACUUCAAUGAAAGCCAGUGCAGCGCAGCCUACGAGUGCCUCCUGAUAGCAGACCAGCCCUGCCGCACCCGGAAGUACUUCCUGUGCCUUGCCCGGGGAAUCCCGUGUGUCUCCCACAUGUGGGUCCAUGACAGCUGCCUGGCCAAUCAGACUCAGAACUACAAGAACUACUUGCUGCCAGCUGGCUACAGCCUGGAGGAAGAGCGGUUGCUGGAGUGGCAUCCACGGAAGAACCCCUUCCAGAGGCUGAGGGUGCUCCUGGUGUCUGACGAGCCCCAAAACUUCCUGGAACUCUGGUCCGAGAUCCUGAUGAUGGGAGGAGCCGCUUCCGUUAAGCAGCAGGAAUCCUCCACGUGGAAGAAAGAUGUGAGUUUGGGCGUGUUUGAUGUGGUGGUGACGGAUGCCUCCUGCCCGGCUGCCAUGGUGCCCUGUGCCAAAGCAUUACAGCUGCCAGUAGUAACCCAGGAGUGGGUGAUCCAGAGCCUCAUUGCUGGAGAGUGUGCUGGGUUUAAAUACCCGAAGUAUCAACAUGAUUACGUCCCCUGUUGAAGCUCCCAUUUUGCUUUGUGGCAUUUUCAUUCUCUAGAUUUUAAACUUUUUCGUGGUGUUUGACUUAUGCAUGGUGUGCUUGUAUAUAGUUUUAAUGUGAACUUUUAUGAUAAAAUAAAUGGUGAUUUCUUAUCUUGGUCAUUAUUAUACUAUUACUUGCACCAUGGAAGAAUUUAUCAGUAAUUCCUGCCAUACUGGCCAAGGAAUUCUGGGAGUUAAGCCCACAAGUCUUAAAGUUGCCAAGUUUGGAGACCCCCGGUAUGAAUGAUAGAAUUUGUUUUCACAAGGCAAGAAGCUAUGUGGUGUGAACACAGAGAAAUUUAGUGCAGGUGCUCAUGGUACACAACACGAGGCUGGGAAAUUCCAAACUUGGGUCCCCUUCCUCCCUUUUUCCAGCAGGAGGUUUCUUGCAACAAAAGUUCCAGACGAACCUGCUGAGUCCCAGGUGUUCAAGAGGAAGUUUGUUAAAAGCAGCACAAACCAAUCUCAAUGAGUAUACUUAGAAAAGCUGAUUUGAAGAGCUGCAAACACAAGGAGGGAGCGUGUUAAGGUGGAAUAGCUACCAAAAGUUUGGUUUGCUUUCUAGAAUUUGUGAAGCCAGAACAAUUAAAAGUGCUUCUCCUGGGAUAUUUUCCAUGCAAAGUUACGGGGUGAAUGUAGGUUAGAAAAUCAGGCUGGGAGAAGAGAGGUUUCCUAUCUCUGGGACAUCUGCAGAUCCCUAUUCCCAGGCCAUCGACUUCUUGAAAAAA